GUUUUCUGCGAUCUCAUCGACCCUGAAAAACGUCUGGCGUACGAUGAACCCUACAGAGCCCGCCCCCUACACGCCCACUGCCGAUGCGGUGCACGUCGUGAGAACGCUCUUCGUACAAGGCCUCGGACUCCCUGUCGAGCUCGCGGACUUGAUUAUCGAAGCCGCGGGGUACUACCCUACGGUAUUUAAUGCGCGCUCUGAGAGCGCCACUGAUGGUAUGGAUGUUUCGACCCGCUGGAGCCGUAGAAGCACGGUUGCCUUUCUGUAUCUGAUCAGUGACCCGAUCCCGCGGGCCCGGGAAGGGGAGUUGGUGAAGAUCAAAUCGGUGAAGUUUCACACUACCAGUCGCGACCAGGGUUGGGCCUCGCAGGGGUCGUAUGGCACCUACAAUGGCUCUUCUUCCUGGUUUGAGACAAGCAUAUUCCGGCCGGUGCCAGGCGCUCCGGACGAGCUGGACCUGGACCAGAACCGGCACAGAUGCAUGCAGAGCUUCUUCCACGAGCCGGAGGAUGCUGCGCCGCAUCUGCAGACGGCAGGCUGGAACUUUGUGGAGCACGAUGGGAAGCACUUGUGGAAGGUCCAGUACAACAUCGUCGCUGGCCAGUACUUCGUGGAGCAUGACGUGGAAUGGAGACCAAACGAAGAACCCGCCGAAGAAGUCCCCGGCAAAGGAGACGGCAAGGGAUUCAUAGGAGCUUUGGAACCAGGUGACCGUGUCGGCCUCUGGGCUAGGGCAUUGUAUCCCGGAUGGAGCAAUAGGAUCAGGGACGCGAGGAUGGAAAUCGCUUACUCUGUAUAGCACGCUCACUCAACCUGCGAGGGGUCAAGUGAGGCGAGUACAGGAAAGUAAUUAUCUGGAGUAAAACACCUACAGAAAGCCUGUAAUAUUAAUACCCGCUCAAGAGCUAUUCUAGCUCUACGUUCC